CUAAGGUUGUCUCUACAACUAGAACACACAGCUUACUGAUAAAGACAGCGCAGAAGCAUACAUGAGCUGCCAGUAUUUGUCAUAGCUUUACCUUUGUUUCCUUCAACUACCUGUCUGAUAUUCACAGAUGAAAGUUUGUCAUCGCAAAAUUCAAUAUAAUGUCUAGACGUAAACUUGGCAGUCGACCUCAACACCUACGCGCAAUUCAAGAUGACCCUGAGCCAGCAGCGUCUCCGUCACUGGACCCUUCCUCCCCUCCUAAGGCUGUCGGCCCCGACGUCCUGACCUGUGGCCAGUGUGGCCAGGCUUUCCCCCUGGGCCGCAUCUUGGACUUCAUCCAGCACAAGCAGGGCGGCUGCGGCCGCUACGGAGCUGGUCACCAGAGCCACACUCCCCCUUCGCCCACCACCAGCUGCGUGCUGAGAUGCGGCCCAGAGGCCCAGGUCGGGAUGGGCUACGUGGAGCUCAGGAGGAUAAUGGAGCGGUCCUCCUGGCCCGAGGAGUCAGAACCGCAUAAUGCAGUGACAGAGGAGCCCUCCAGUUUCAUCUGCCAGGUGUGUCAAACCGUGUGUCACAGUGCCUGGAGCCUGCUUCAGCACGUACAACACACCCACUCCUUCAACCUCUACCAGGUAGAUGAGGAUGUCAACGCUGCUCACCUGGACCAUCCUCCCCAGCCCUACCACCCCACCGCGUUCACCUCGUCCGGGGAAUCCACCAGCCUGAACUUCUCCGAGCGUCUGCGGGAGUUAGCCGAGGUCAACGGGACGGCGGAGGGCGGAGGAGCGGGCGGCAUGCUCCCGACGUCCGCCUCCCCGACGCCGGUGGCGUCGCCCUUCCCCCACACGUCCCGCGCGCUCCACUCGCUGGCCUGCGAGCGCUGCGGUCAGGGCUUCCGCUCCACGCGCAGCCUGCUGGCGCACCGGCGCUCCCAGUCCUGCGAGGGCCCGCACCGCUGCCGCCUGUGCCGCCGCGCCUUCUCUCACGGCGCCCAGCUGGCGCAGCACAUGAGGAGCCAUCGCGACGCGCUCGCGCCCGCCGAAGUCUCGGCGUGUCCGCAGGAAGACGGCAGCGCCGGCGGCGGCGGUCAGUCGGAGCGAGGAGCGCCGAGCGAGGAGACGCCUCAGCCCUCCGCCGGCCCGGGCCUGAUCGUCCUGUCGUCGCGCUCCACGGCGCCCAGCCGGACCCAGCUGCAGUACUUCCACCCCCAGCUGGAGGUGGACGAGGACGGGCAGGAGGAGGCCCAGCAGCCCUCCCCGCUGGGCAACUCCUCCGAGGGCUCCGUGGAGAGCGCCGGCAGCGGCGAGAGCGGCAGCGGCGAGAGCGGAAUCGCUAGCGGCAACUGCACGCCCAAGGGCCCCGAGCGGACCGAGUGGGAGGGUGAGCGGGAUGCGGACGUUGUCGGGACGACGACGACGAUGAUCACAACGCAAGCGUGGCCGCCAUCAGAGAAUGACCAAGGGCGUCUCACUGAGGCUGGAGGAGGAGGAGGAGGAGGAGGAGGAGGAGGAGGAGGAGGAGGAGGCUCUCUGCGGAAGAAGAGGGAGGAGGCGUGCGACUUCUGCGGCAAGUACUUCCGGAACAGCAGCAACCUGACGGUGCACCGGCGCAGCCACACGGGCGAGCGUCCGUACCGCUGCACGCUGUGCAGCUACGCCUGCGCCCAGAGCAGCAAGCUCACGCGCCACAUGAAGACGCACGGCGCCCGCGGCACCCAGCCCACCUUCCAGUGCCAGCUGUGCGCCGUGCCCUUCACCGUCUACGCCACGCUGGAGAAGCACCUGAGGAAGGUCCACGGCCUCAGCCACGCCAGCUCCGGCGCCUACACGCUCAGCGGCGACGGCAUCAAGAAGGAGGAGAAGAUGGACUCGGAGCCGAGCCAGACCCAGGAGCAGGCGAGCCCAAGCACCGGCGAGGAGUGCGCCGAGGAGAACGUGGAUGUUCCAGUCGCACAGGACAUGAGUGUGCUUGCCUGAAAGAAUGUGCGCAAGAAGCUCUCGGUUCAAUACACACAUACUGCCAUACACAAUACACAGUACACUCAUACUGCCAUUUGGAACAUGGGGGAUAAAUGUAAUGUCUUGGACAAAUUCAGUGUCUGCCUGUGCACCUGGGCAAAUGAAUUGAAUAGAAAUGGCCACUGUCAGUGCCUAUUUUUGUGUCUGACUACAGUGAACUACCACUCUGUGGUAAACUUCUUUUCCAAGGAACUGUACAGGACCCAGUGGAAGUUAAAGCACUCGGUAGAACUUAAAGACACUCCGUCACCACACUGGAAUAUAGAAUGCACUGAACCAGAUUCCAUGUGAAUAUCAUGUGAAUGUUUGGUGAUUUUCCCUCUCCCUGCUUGUUGAUGAUUCAAAGUGUGGGGAAAAAAUGGAAAAUAGCCCAGCACUUUCUUUGUAAGGGUUAUUGCUGUUGUUUUGGGGGAUUCCUUAUUUUUGACUUGUUUACAGCUACAGAAUUUGGGUAGUGUUUUAUUUUAGAUGUACUUUUGUACUGUUUAGAGGAAUAACUGUCUGGACCUCAGGAACUUUGAUCUGGAGCCCACAUACUUUUGUGAUUAGUAGAACGAAAUGGGUGCUCCAUUUGCGGUAGUUUCUGUGCUUUUUAUUGUAAACCUUUCUUGCGGUUAGGUAUUCUAGACUAGUCAAAAGACAAACUGCUGUAAUCUCAGGGACUUUGAUGUGUUUGGUUACUUUUGUUUUGUGUAAACAAAAUGGUGAUUCAGUUUUGAUCACCAAUAGUCCGUUUACGUUGCCUGUAUACUUGUGAUGUUUAAGCCACUCCUUCCUGUGCCUCUCUUGCUAAAGACCUCUCCUUCGUAUUUGAUCGUAGUGAGUACCCGUUUGACAGAUAUGAAAAUAUCUGAAAUGUUUCUUAGAAAACCAGGAUGUUGAGCCAUUUAUAAGCACUUGAAUGCUGUUGGUAUAUGAACGGUAGAGGGUCUGAUGCUCACUUUACUUAGUCAGGGACAACGUAUCUAUUUUGUUGCUUAGAACUUCAGGGAACUGAUACUGUACUUAUCGAGCUCAGUAGUUAGUAUGGAUGUUUUGCAUAUAUCUUCUCCUUUUUUUCAGGACAAUCCUGUUGUACAGUAGUAAAAAAAGUGUUUAGUUGUAAAUGUUCUUUAUUUGUAAGUUUAUAUCAGAAUUAUAUCAGUUUCUUCUUCUUGUAAUGACGACCAUGCUUGUGAGACUUAUUAAAGAAUGCAGA